AUGCGUCGAACAAUCGAAGCACUCAAAUCGCACAAUUCGGCGCGUGACUCGGAAAUAGAGCGCACAACGGAUGCAUCCGAAAUGCUGAAGAAUGAACUGGCCAAUAAAACCGAAGCGUAUAUGCAAACUCUGAGUAUACUCAGCCAAAAACAGGAGGAGUUAAGUGCCGCAAACGAAGAUUUGCAAAAAUUGAAUCGAACGAAUUCGGAGUUAAGUGAAAAAUUGAAGAGGAUGCCAGUGAUGGAGCAGGAAUUCGAAGAGCUGAAGAGCAAUUAUGCGUUUGUUUCUCAGAAGUUGGAAGAUUACGAGAAAGCACUUGAAGAGCUCGGUGGUCAUCUUUCGGAGUAUGCUCAUUUUUGUUUCUUUUUAGAUUUGUGUUUUAAAUCCACCCUGAAUUUGUUUAGUAAUGUUUAUAACUGA